AUGGAUGUGGCAUGGAAGGAUUUGAGUGUGAGCGCGAGCAAUGGACGAGUGUUGCUGGAGAGUAUGUGCGGCUAUGCCCAGAGCGGCCAAAUCACGGCGAUCAUGGGUCCUUCGGGAUCCGGAAAGUCCACCUUGCUAGAUGCGCUUGCUGGGAGAUUGGCCAAGAAUGCGAGGCGAGAAGGAUCCAUUUUUGUGAAUGGGAAUCUCCAGACGAACAUGAGGCAUGGGACUGCGGCCUAUGUGAAACAAGAAGAUGUUUUGCUAGGAACACUCACUGUCUUGGAGACAAUCACUUACUCUGCUCAAUUGAGGCUGCCUCACUCACUGCCGCGAAGCCAAAAGAUGGAGAUGGUUGAGAGUGUGAUCACUGAGAUGGGGCUUGGAGAUUGCAAGCAUACAGUGGUGGGAGGUUGGUUCUCCCAUGGAUUGAGCGGAGGGGAGAAACGAAGAGUGAGCAUUGCUUUGGAGAUUCUAACUCAGCCAUCUCUUUUGUUCAUGGACGAACCAACCAGUGGUUUAGACAGUGCAUCUGCGUUUUAUGUGAUUAAAACAAUUAAGAACCUAGCUACUUCAAAACGCACUGUUAUUAUGUCAAUUCACCAGCCAAGCAGCGAAGUGUUUGAGCAGUUUGAUAAUCUUUGCCUACUAUCUCAGGGAGCACUUGUAUAUUUUGGAGAUGCCAUGGAAGCUAGCACGUUCUUCGAGAGUGCUGGAUUUCCUUGUCCUCUCCAAAGAAAUCCAUCAGACCACUAUCUUAGAGUUAUUAAUUCGGAUUUUGACAAUGUUCAAAACAAGUUUAAGAAUUUGCAUUUGAGAUCCCUCCACACAAAAGUUGACAUUCUUUGUGUGACUAAGGUGAACCUUCUAGACAGUUUGUGUGACACACCUGGUGCAAAGAAUGAAUGCAUCCAGAUGCCUCAAGCAGGAGUUCUCCAUCAGCUUUCCACGUUAACUAGAAGAUCAUUUAUAAAUAUGACAAGAGAUAUUGGAUACUAUUGGCUGAGAAUCUUUGUGUACUUUAUGCUUAGCAUCGUAAUUGGCAGUAUAUAUUUUAAUGUUGGCACUAAAUACAACUCCAUUGCAGCAAGGAUUGGCUGUAUGGCUUUUAUUGGUAAAUUUCUUACAUUUAUGUCAAUUGGAGGUUUUCCAUCUUUCAUUGAAGAGAUUAAGGUUUUUAAUCAUGAGAAACAAAAUGGUUACUAUGGUCCCAUUGUGUUUACUCUCGCAAACACACUCUCUUCCAUUCCUUAUCUCCUUCUUAUUUCAUUGAUAUCAACAAGUGUAUUUUAUAAUAUGGUUAAACUCCACCCAGGCUUUGAUCACUUCAUAUUUUUUGUGUUGAACUUAUUUGCAUCUGUGAGUGUGGUGGAGAGCUUGAUGAUGUGUGUAGCAUCAAUUGUUCCCAAUUUUCUCAUGGGAAUAAUUACAGGAUCUGGAAUCUUGGGGUUAUUCAUGCUUGUUGACGGAUUUUUUAAACUUGCUAAUGAACUGCCAAAAGGCUUUUGGAAAUAUCCAAUGCAUUAUAUAGCAUUUCAAACAUAUUUACUUCAGGGUCUUUAUGAAAAUGAUUUUCAAGGGCUUGAGUUCGAUAACAAUGAUAUUUUUGGAGGAAAGCUAUCAGGAACAACAAUUCUUAAACAAUAUCAAGUAGAUCUCUCAAGAUCUAAAUGGUUGAACUUUAUAAUCCUGUUAAGCAUGAUUUUGGUUUAUCGAGCAAUUUUUAUUACUAUCAUCAAACUCACUCAGCUCAUAGAUGGGAAAACUCUGAUAGCAUCAGUGGAAUCCCAUUCAUGGGUGUCACUAAUUACAUGA